GGACGGGCCUGAAGGGGCGGAGCCCGCAGGGGGCGCGACCCUGCCUGACCACCUCGGCGAAUCCAGUCCUGCUGGCCGCGCGCAGCCCGCAGCCCGCCGCCCUGCUCCGUGCCCACCAGCAUGUCUUUCGUCCCAGUGGCCGAGGAUUCCGACUUCCCCAUCCACAACCUGCCCUACGGCGUCUUCUCCACCAAAGGCGACCCAAGACCAAGGAUCGGCGUGGCGAUUGGUGACCAGAUCCUAGACCUCAGUGUCAUUAAGCACCUCUUCACUGGGCCUGUCCUCUCCCAACACCAGGAUGUCUUUGAUCAGCCAGCUCUCAACAGCUUCAUGGGCCUGGGUCAGGCUGCCUGGAAGGAGGCAAGGGGAUUGUUGCAGAACCUGCUGUCCGCCAGCCAAGCCAGGCUCAGAGAUGACACGGAGCUUCGGAAGCGUGCAUUCACCUCCCAGGCUUCCGCCACAAUGCAUCUUCCGGCCACCAUAGGCGACUACACGGACUUCUAUUCCUCUCGGCACCACGCCACCAAUGUCGGAGUCAUGUUCAGGGGCACGGAGAACCCGUUGAUGCCCAAUUGGCUGCACUUACCAGUGGGCUACCACGGCCGUGCUUCCUCCGUCGUGGUGUCUGGCACCCCAAUCCGCAGGCCCAUGGGACAGAUGAGACCUGAUGACUCUAAGCCUCCUGUGUAUGGUGCCUGCAAACUCUUGGACUUCGAGCUGGAAACAGCUUUCUUUGUAGGCCCUGGGAACAAAUUUGGAGAGCCGAUCCCCAUUUCUAAGGCCCAUGAGCACAUUUUUGGAAUGGUCCUUAUGAACGACUGGAGUGCUCGAGACAUUCAGAAGUGGGAGUACAUCCCUCUUGGGCCGUUCCUCGGGAAGAGUUUUGGAACCACCAUCUCUCCGUGGGUGGUGCCCAUGGAUGCUCUCAUGCCCUUUGCUGUGCCCAACCAGGAGCAGGACCCCAAGCCCCUGCCGUAUCUCCGCCACGACCAGCCCUACACGUUUGACAUCAACCUCUCUGUCACCCUGAAAGGAGAAGGAAUGAACCAAGCAGCUACCAUAUGCAGGUCCAAUUUUAAGUAUAUGUACUGGACGAUGCUGCAGCAGCUCACUCACCACUCUGUCAAUGGCUGCAACCUGCGGCCGGGGGACCUCUUGGCUUCUGGAACCAUCAGCGGGCCAGAGCCAGAGAGCUUUGGCUGCAUGCUGGAGCUGUCGUGGAAGGGAACGAGGGCCAUAGAGCUGGGGAAUGGACAGACCAGGAAGUUUCUGCUGGAUGGGGAUGAAGUCAUCAUCACAGGACAGUGCCAGGGGGACGGGUACCGCGUUGGCUUUGGCCGGUGUGCAGGAAAAGUGCUGCCUGCCCGCUCAGCGGCCUGAGGUUCUCUCUGCUUUCCUGGAAACACAAGCCUUGAGCACUGCCCUCUCCACCUCCCUGCGGGGGACCAGGGGCCCCCACUGAAGCCGCAGGCCUGGUUCUUCAUUCAGUAAUAAAUC